GAGAAGGGGCUCAUCGUCAACUAUGGCCGGCGCGGCAGGCAGGCUACGAAAGAAAUGUGGCAGCGCGUUUCGCUUAGUACCGACUUAGACUGCUCUAAGUGGCGGUCGUGUGCACGCCGGCAUCCGUCGUCGCACCUUCACGCACGAUCAUUCAACACCGGGACGCAUCAGAGACUCGUGCAGAGGGUCCGUCGUAACCUGCGAGCGCGCCCGACGACGACGACGACGACGACGACGACAACGAUCUACAGUGGUGACAGUGACAACGCGCGGCAAGCCGGGCCCCGGAGCGGGCCCAGCCGGAUUCGCGGAUUAACUCGCGCGACGGCACGUGAUCGAUCGUAUACGUGGGAAGAAUCGAUCGUCGCGUGAUACAUUUUUCUUUAUCGCGCGCCUUCGUUCUCGCGCUAGCGCGUUCUCAACUCCGCCAGUACGAGGGAAUGAGAAAGGGAGAGAAAGAAAGGACGACAGGAACGCGACGUAUUUACGCUUGCGGUAACCUAAAAACCGAUCCCGUCGGCGCGAUAUAUCAGGAAGACGAGCGCAUGCGCAUCGCCGUUUGUAAUCCUCGUGCGCGAAUUACGAGCGAAGCGCAGAGUUACGUAGUAUGAUACGCGCGAAACGCGGACAGUGUUGGUGAAGAAGUGCUCUCGAAAGGUGUUACGAUUUUCCGGGCAGUGAGUGCGAAGGUAACGCGUUCAGUUCGGUACGUUCGAAUUCGCCGACGGUCCAAGAAGAGGAGACCGCGCCUUCCGAUCUAGAACCAGAUCGUCCCCCCUUUAAGAAAAAAAAAAAAGGACACCGAUAUUAAAACGUCAACGUGAAGUUAUUUAUUGCCUCGAAGGUUGUCGGGAUCUCUGGCGAACCGCAACAGGAGAUUUGUAACGAGAGAUCGAUGAGAAGUUAAAGAUCAAUCGGUCGGUGAAAGAGAAAGAAAGAGCGAAGAAAGCGGGCGAAGGUGAGGAACGAAUUCGGAAAGUUAUAAUCGCGCGUGUGGCGUGUGGGCGAAUGCAUGACGGAUCAUGGUUUCCGCGUCCGGCCCCAUAUCCACAGGGAUCCUAGCGGGACGCCCUUCUGGAUCGCAGGGCUCGCGGCAGAAUGGAGACGCGGAAUGCGAGAAGGACGCGGCGAGGGCGGCGGAAAGCGCGAAGAUCCGGCACGCAUCGGAUCUCUACAUCAGGCCCAGCUGGACGGACGCCGCGAUAGCGCUGGAUCAACUCGAGAAGGGAAAGGCGGAGGGUCAGAGGUCGGCGGUGUGGUUCAGAGCGCGACUGCAGGAUCAUCUAAAUCAGCUGGGUUACUUCCUGCAGCAGCACGCCGGAAAAGUGCUCUUCGUGUCCAUCCUCGCGCUGGGAACGUUCUGCGUCGCUCUCAAAUCCGCGCAAGUCAAUAGCAAAGUCGAGCAGUUAUGGGUGCAGGAAGGCGGAAGAUUACAAAGGGAGUUGACCUAUGCCUCGGAAGCGCUCGGCGAGGCUGCCUCCUCGACACACCAGCUCGUCAUCCAGACGCCGAGGCAUGCCGGGGUGAAUAUCUUGCACGUGGCCGCGCUCAAGGAACACUUGACCGUCCUGAAGGUCGCGACACAGGUUACGGUGCACCUGUUCGACACCACGUGGAGGCUCAAAGACUUAUGCUACGCGCCGACCUUACCCACCUUCGACCUGCAUUACAUCGACCAGAUCUUUGAAAAUAUUAUACCGUGCGCUAUCAUCACGCCGCUCGACUGUUUUUGGGAGGGCAGCAAGCUCUUGGGCCCGGAAUUUCCCGUUCAUCUACCAUCUCUCUUUCGGUUAAGCAGUGGAACGAAGAUGAACAAACCCGUUCAAUGGACGAAUCUUAAUCCCACCGAACUGCUGGACGACAUAAAGAAAUUGCAAUUCGCAAGUUCGUUUCCCUUUAAAACGCUCGAGGAUCACAUGAAGCGAGCCGGAAUAACGAACGGCUAUCAGAGCAAGCCUUGCCUGAACCCGGCGGAUCCGGAAUGUCCGGAAACCGCGCCUAACAAAAAAUCUCAAAAGGUACCUGACGUGGGAGCCGAAUUGACAGGCGGCUGCUACGGAUUCGCAGCGAAAUACAUGCACUGGCCGGAGGAGCUGGUGGUCGGCGGCGCCAAGCACAACAAGACGGGUCAUUUGACCCGCGCGGCCGCGUUACAGACUGUGGUGCAGCUGAUGGGAGAACGGGAGCUGUACGACUUCCUGUCGGCCACCUACAAGGUCCACCACAUCGACUGGUCGCUGGAAAAGGCAACGCAGGUGUUGGAGACUUGGCAGCGGGCGUUCAGCAACGAGGUGAAGAGGAUGGUGAACACCGCGAACGGGUCGGCGCCGUACAAUCUGUACGCCUUUAGCACGACCACGAUGAACGACAUUCUUGGGAAGUACAGCGAGGUGUCCGUCAUGAAGAUCGCGAUCGGAUGCUCGGUGAUGUUGCUGUAUUCCGGAUUCGUACUGUUUCGUUGGAGCGACCCGGUGCGCUCGCAGUCCGCAGUGGGAAUAGCUGGUGUGAUACUGGUCUGUGCCACGGCGGCUGCCGGAUUGGGUUUCUGCGCGCUCCUCGGGAUCCCGUUUAACGCCACAACGACACAGAUAGUGCCGUUUCUCGCGCUCGGCCUGGGCGUGUACGAGAUGUUCCUGCUGACACACACGUACGCCGAGCUGUCGGUGAAUGAGGUGCCCAGCGGCGAGCAGACGGGCGUCGUUCUCAAACGAACCGGUCUGUCGGUGCUGCUGACGGGCCUCUGCACCGUUUCCGCCUUCUUCGCGGCGGCGAUAAUACCGAUCCCGGUCCUGCGAACGUUCUGUCUGCAGGCUGGUAUUCUCUUGCUGUUCAACUUGGGCGCCAUGCUGCUGAUAUUCCCCGCGAUGAUCAGCCUGGACUUGCGACGGCGGCGUUCCGGCAGACGGGAUAUCCUCUGCUGUUGCCUGCCAGCGCCGAUCAAUCCGAUCGGCAAGAACAAAUAUUCCGCGAAGAACAACGGCACGGUCAAGCAGACGGUCACCAGAGCGAUACCACCUGAGAGACGAGAAACCUGCACGCAGAUCUUAACGUCACAGAACACGCAGAACGAAUCCUGGAUAGGAGGAAAUAUCAUGGAUGCGGAAUUGGACAAGCAGUGUACGGAGGCGGACGCUCUGACCGAUUGUUCGCAAUCCAACGACUGCCUGAGCUUCUCCCUGACGCAGCUUGCGGCUCGGUAUUACGCACCGUUCAUCAGCAAAGUGGCCACCAAAGUGUGCGGCAUGAUAUUCAUGGCGAUCGUAUUGGCCUGCAGCGUGUGGCAGGCGAUGCGUGUGCGCGACGGUCUAGAUCUGACCGAUCUUGUGCCACAAAACUCGAACGAGCACGCAUUCUUGGCCGCCCAGGCGAAACAUUUCGGCUUCUACAACAUGUAUGCGGUGACCGGUCGGGACUUUGAGUAUCCGAACAAUCAGCGGGUGCUUUACGAUUAUCACGACGCCUUCAUGCGGAUCAAGAACGUCAUCAAGAACGAUAACGGAGGCCUGCCGGAAUUCUGGCUCAGUCUGUUCCGCGAAUGGCUGAAGGGCCUGCAGGCGGCGUUCGACAAAGACUACAGCAACGGUUGCAUCACUCAGGAAAGGUGGUACCACAACGCCAGCGACGAGGCGAUCCUCGCGUACAAGCUGCUCGUACAGACCGGCCACGUGGACAAUCCGAUCGACAAAUCGUUGGUCACUCACGUGCGACUCGUCGACAACGAGGGCGUCAUCAAUCCGCGCGCCUUCUACAAUUACUUGAGCGCGUGGGCGUCCAACGACGCGCUCGCUUACGGCGCCUCGCAGGCGAACCUGAGGCCCGAGCCGCGCGUGUGGAUUUACACCAACGAUCACGAGCUCAAGAUCCCAAAAAGCAUGCCGCUUACUUACGCGCAGAUGCCGUUCUAUCUGCACAGGCUCACCGACACGCAGGAAAUCACGGAACUGAUCAGCAGCGUCCGGAAAUUGUGCAAGAGAUUUGAGGAGCGCGGUCUGCCGAAUUUCCCGUCCGGUAUACCGUUUCUGUUCUGGGAACAGUACAUGGAUCUGAGAAGCUGGCUGGGCUUCGCCUUGCUGACUGCGCUGGGUGUGAGCGUCGUCGUGGUUGCAGUGCUGCUACUGAACAUGUGGGCUGCUUUACUGGUCGGCAUUUCCCUCGCCUCCGUUGUUCUGCAGCUCUUGGGUAUCAUGGGCAUAUUCGGUAUCAAAUUGAGCGCGGUGUCCGCCGUGCUGCUGGUGGUCAGUGUGGGCAUAGCUGUUCAUUUCACCGUGCACAUUUGUUUGAGUUUCAUCACGAGUGUGGGCAGCAGGGACCGCAGGACGCGCUUGUCUCUGGAGCACAUGUACUCUCCAAUUGUCCACGGUGCAUGCACCACGCUGAUCGCGGUGCUGAUGCUUGCCUUUUCGGAGUUCGACUUCAUAGUCAAUUACUUCUUCUUUGUGCUGCUCUUCAUGAUCUUUAUCGGCCUUUUCAACGGACUCUUUUUCUUCCCGAUCUUGCUAUCUCUGAUCGGCCCGUCGGCCGAAGUGAUCCCGAAUGAUCAUCCGGAUCGCAUAUCCACGCCGACGCCGCCGGCGUCGCCCAUCGUGAGACGAUCCAAGCCGCCUACGAUGCCGAGGAGAUCUCUCAAGAUCGACAAUUCCCGGCUGCACGCCGAGCCGUCGCUCACGACCAUCACCGAGGAGCCCAACUCGUGGCACAGCACGCAAGAGUCCUGCAUCAUCGUCCAGCCGGAACUCAAGGUGGAGACCACGUCCACUUGCGGCAAUCAGAACUGUAGCGGAUCGGACACGAGUGGGUCUAGUCGAACGUCGCCGGUUCCGUCCACGUCACACAUCACCACUAAAGUCACUGCGACGGCGAACAUAAAGGUCGAAGUUCACACGCCAUUGACCAUAGGUGGAGUGGAUCGUAGUGAAAAAUGCCGGCAUACGGGCACCAGUCGAAGGAGCUCGCGCUGCAGUGCGAACGUUAAUGCUGGGGAGUCUUCCGGCUCCAGUUCUGAGCCGGAUACAGAAUCUAACCCAAAGCACUAAUAACAAGCACCAGGGGGACCGGCAGCUACUGCUCAAGUACCACGCAAAGCGGGAAAACACAGAAGGCUGAUUAGGAUAUAGAUUAAUAGGUUCUCCACUCUCUCUCUCUCUCUCUCUCUCCCUCCCUAUUUUCUUCUUUCUCCACCUGCCAUCAAUUAUCUUUCACUUUUUUUCUUUCGCUCCUUCCUUCGAGUGAGGAAUGUAACAUGGUUGUCUCACUACGAAUUUUAAAAAUGAAAGUAUUAUAACGCAUUUUUAUAAUAUAGGUAAAUAUUUUUUCGGGAAUGUUUUUAUCACACGUUUAGAUUUACGCUUUUUACAAGAGUAAAUCAAAAAGUAAGGGGACAUUUAAGGAAUCAAACUCUUUAAAAUGGCCCAUUUACUUUUUCUCUUAGACACCAAAAAUUUCUUAAAGUUUCAGGCAGACUAUAAGAGUAAAAAUUUGUAUUCGAGCUUGUCGAAUUAUAUUUAUAUGUUCUGCCUGUACUAUCGCACGGUUCGCUAUAAUGAUUUUAUAAGCAAGGGAUUUAAAUUUUUAAUCAAACUGCAAUUUGAAUUAAAAAUUUUAGUUUUUUUAUAUUUUUAGUGGAAUGAUAAUAUCAACGGAAUCGCGUGGUAUAUUAUUCGAAUAGUUGUACACAACACAAGAGCGAGGCGCAGUUCAAAAGUGACGUAUUUCUACGUAUUUAUAUUUUUUACCCGACAGUCGACACUAUGGUUUGUGAUUUCGGGCGGAGAAGGUGACCAUACAAUAAGAGAUACACAAUUGUCGUUGGUGCGAGCGUAUAAGACGAAAUAGAAUUUUCUUCAAACGUGUCUUCAAAAGAAUAAUGGAAAUCACGGACGAAGAACAGUUUGUGAUCAUCAAAUAUCUACAUAGAAUAGGAAAAGAGAGUGAAGAUAUUCAAAAGGAAUUAAACUUGUAUUUUGGAAAGAAUGCAUUGAACUACCAUACUAUAUCUAAAUUCAUAUUAAAGUUGAGAUAUAAGCCUGCCAUUGCCGAAGUGGAGCACAUAUACGACAAUACCGACGAAAGGUUGGUUAAAGCGGUGAUUCGGAAGCACUGUCGAGCGAGUAUAGAAUUUAUUUGUGCUCAAACGAACAUAUCCUACGAGAAGGUAGUGGAAAUCAUGGAACAUCUUAAACUGACAAAUGCAUAUACUCGCUGGAUGCCGAAAACGUUUGAGAUGGAUUGUAAAUUGUGGCGCGUGGAAUACUGUGCAAACAUGUUGAUAAGAUACCAUACGGAACCAGAUUUUUUGCAAAAGAUGAUCAUCGUGCAAGAGAUGUGGCUACCCAUAUUCAGCGUGAAAAAAAGGUCAAUUGAAUAUUUAAGUUUGUCAGGAGAAAAAGAAUCUCCACAAAUUAAAUAUGACAACAUUUUUCACCAAAUAAUUUUCUGGGACCAAGAGGGACUUAUCUAUCAUCAUUCUAUUUCAAGGGAAAACAUCAUCUCUCGUGAAUCUUAUAAGAACAUUAUACAGGAUCACUUGUUGCCUCAAAUUGCAAAAUUACGACCGAAAUUGACGGACAAAAUCAUACUCCAUCACGACAGUGUCACAUUGAAUCAAACUAUCUACAACUCUACAUUUCUGUACGACAAAAUUGAGUCAGUAAUAACCCCUCCCGAAUCGCCCGAUCUUUUUCCUGGUGAUUUCUGGUUCAUUAACCAUGUGAAAAAUGCAUUCGAAGGAAAAGAAUUCCUAUCAGUGAACCGUUUGGAAUUUACAAUCUGGAAUUGGUUAAGAGAAAUGCAUUCGAAAAAGACAUUUGAAUACAAUUACAAGGUGUUGAUUCAGCACUGGAAACAGUGCUUACGUUCUCACGGAGAGUGUUUACUAAAUACGCAGUGGUAAAAUUCCUUUGUGAGCGAAUAAACCUUUUCGAAAAUUUUGACCGUUAAUUUUUGAACUGCGUCUCGUGUGCCGGAGACAAUAAUGUGACAAUUUUUACAAAUCUAUUCAAUAAACUAUUUUAGAUAAACUAAUUUAAAUGGUAACUUGCGACAAAGGCGAUCUGAGCGAUAUACUAUUGAUAAAAACACAGACAUUGCGCGAUUUAUCGAUAAUAUAUCUAGCCGCCUAUGCUUUUAAUAAACAAAAAUUCUACCUCUGUUUAUUAAAAGAACGUACUAAGGUGUCUAUAUCGAUGAAAUGUUUAGAAAAUGCUUAUUUAACCAAAAAAGUAAGUAAGCAUUUCCUUCACAAAGCUGUACACACUUGUUAUGAAUAUUUAAUUAGAAAAUUAAAGGUUUCACUGCCACUAGGACGUGACGUUUUAGAUGUAGCUGCGAAAUUUUUGUUUACGAAGAUGAUGGCCUCAUGCGAGAGAGCGAGAAUAUGACGGCGGAAUUUUCUACAGAUAUUAUACUAUUUAUUUUCUAAGCUAAUAAUAUGCAAUGAGCGGCGUGUAUGUGACUACAAAGCGUUAUACUGAACUCUGAGAUAUAUUUAUUAUUUAUUUUAAUAAUAUUCCUCGACGGGGGUGUGCGUGUACGCGAAAUGGCGCAUAUUUUGCUCGGUUUUGCGUACAACACGUUGAUUUGUAAAAAAUAAUUAUUUAUAUCGAGUUAAAGGAUAGAGAGCUACGAGAUAUUUUCAUUGCGUACGGCGACGAAGAUGACGGUACUUAAUUUAACAAAGUAUCUAUUCCUAUCCUGAUUCAUACCUCUGUGUAAAAAGUUGUAAUAUACAGCGCCAAGUGACCAAUAGUCACCGUGUCACACGCAUUAACGUAAGGUAUGACUCGUGAAGUAUCAUGUACAAUAUAAGAAAGAUGUAUUUCUUACGCCAAGUCAAUUUUGUAUACAUACGCGAGAUUCUAGAUAUUUUGUAUUUAAAGCGGCGACGCGCACGUUUUGCGAAACGGUCUUUUACACUUUGUAUAAAAGUACAUUUCAAUAUAAGUUCGGAAGGGAAAAAAAGAGAUAGUCAAUAUACCUCUAAUAUACGUAUAAAUGGCACACGAUGACUUCGAUUAUGAUUACUUCGAACAUUUCAUUGUAAGAAUCUGAUUUAUUUCGAUGUAACGAAUGUAGAAGCGGCUACAUGUACGAUUUAUAAUCUCAUUUUUGUAAAUAUAACAUUGUAAUAAAAACUAUUACCUUUUA